AAAAUUGACUCUAGAUAACCUUCGCUAUUUGUUAAAAAGAGCAUACGAUAAAGAAGCAAUAGAAAAUACCAAUAAAAAAAUGUCUGAACUUAGAAAAUUUUAUAUGGAACUCCACAUUAAAAAUAUAGCAUCGGGUACAACUGGAACAAUAAUCAAAACUGGUUCAUAUUAA